UGAUCCUUAGGAUUUUUUGUUAAAAGUGAAUCCUGCAUAUAUAAACUAACAUAAAUUAAUACAAUAUGUUCAUAAUGAAUAAGUAAACAUUUAAGGCAGACAGAAAGAGAGCAGACCUCACCUCCCUAAAAAGACCCUCCCUCUGACUGUGCCCCCCCCAUGCUGUAAAUAAGGGAUCGUAUAAGGCAGCGAGAAGAGAUCUGAUCAGCAGAGCACCCUGAUCGUUUUUUUCUCCAUCCUGUCAACAUGAGGUUUGAAGAGAUACUCAGCAACAUCGGUGGAUUCUCCAGAUUUCAGUUUUUCAUGUUGUCCAUCCUGUGUCUGCCUCGUGCCAUUCUUCCCCUCCACUUUCUCCUGCACAACUUCAUCUCUGCCACCCCGCCUCACCACUGCUCCCUCAGUAAGCUGGAGAAAAGCAAUGACAGCGCCUGGUCCCCUGACCCUGAGACUCUGGCCCUCUGGAUCCCCCAGCACGACGACGGCUCUCUCAGCUCCUGCAGAGUCUACAACUCCCCACAAACCAGCAACCUCAGCCAGGAGAACACGACUAUGAUUUGUCCCGAUGGGUGGACCUACGACAAAUCACAAUUUAGCUCUACGACGGCCUCUGAGUGGGAUCUGGUGUGUAACGACAAGCAACUGAAUCAUGCACUUGCCACCUACUUCUUUCUUGGAGUGAUGUUUGGAGCCAUUGUCUUUGGACAGCUUUCAGACAAGCUUGGUCGAAAGCCCAUGCUUGUGGUGGCUUUAAUUGCCUCCACCUUGUUUGGAGCUACCGCUGCCUUGUCUACAUCCUAUGUCAUGUUUGCCAUUUCCAGAGUGCUUUCCGGCUUAUCCCUCAGUGGGCUGUCGAUUAUCGGAAUAGUCCUUGGUAUUGAGUGGACAGAUAUAAAGCACCGCACCUUUACGGGAACCAUUAUGAGUUUGUCGUGGAGCGCUGGAAACAUGCUUCUGGCUCUACUUGCCUAUUUUAUACGAGACUGGAGGCAUCUAACGCUGGCAGUGACUGUUCCCUGCGCUGUUACCAUCAUCUGUUGUUGGUGGCUGCCUGAGUCCGCUCGCUGGUUGUUGGCUAACGGCAAGACAGAGGAAGCAAAAAAGUAUUUGGUUCAAUGUGCUAAAAUGAACAGGACCGAUCAACGCAAAACCAAACUGGACACUGAGGUUCUAAGGAAGAUAACCGUCACUGAAGUGGCAGAGAAGAACCACACCUACCUGGACCUGAUCAGAACCCCUCAGCUAAGGAAGAUCACUUUCCUCUCUGGGCUGUCCUGGUUUGCUGUUUCCUUCCUCUACUAUGGGAUCAGUUUCAAGAUCUCAGGAUUCGGCGUCAGCAUCUACCUCACUCAGUUCAUCUAUGGUGCUAUUGAAGUCCCAGCCAAAAUCCUCACUUUUUUCAUCCUGGAUGUAAUUGGCCGUCGGAACGGCCAGGCAUGGUUUCUGAUCAUAACAGGAGCUCUGAUUGGAAUAAACACUGUCAUACCUUUAGAGUACUCUGUGAUUCGAACAUGCAUUGCUGUGGUGGCAAAAGGUUUCUCUGAGGCAGCAUUUACCACAGCAUUCCUCUACUCAACUGAACUCUAUCCAACUGUCCUCAGGCAAUGUGGUUUAGGCUACACUUGCAGUCUCUGUCGGUUGGGAGGCUCCUUAGCUCCAAUGGUCAUGCUGCUGGAAGAUGUUUGGCUUCUUCUGCCUCCUGUGAUCUUCGCUGGGACUGGAAUCAUCAGUGGCGGCUUAGUUUUUCUCCUCCCAGAAACGCUAAACAUCAAUCUGCCAGAAAAUAUUCUCGAUGUUGAGGAGGGAAGGCACAUACAAAGUGAUGCAGAGGGAGUCGAAGAUGAAGAGAGUCAGUUGAAACAACUCAACUGUGAAGACAAAGCACCACAGCUUGCAGCUUGUUAUUAAAAUGUGAUUUCUGUUGGCUGUGGAUUUAUUUAGUAAAUUGAUGCUUUUGGAUUUUCAUUGUAAUGUUUAGGUUUUUUCGAACCAGACCAUUGAGAUUAUUAGCUGAAUAAAAGUUGCAUUCUGUAGUUUUAC